AUGGCGGACGCAGGCGGCACGCGUCUCGUGCACGUCAACGACGACGCCGCCAACGCGACGCUCCGCACGACCUGCAAGUACACGACGAAUUGGGUCGCGACGUCCAAAUACACGUUUUACAACUUUGUGCCCAAGACGCUCUUUGAAUUUUUCCGAGUCGUGGCCAACUGCUACUUUCUCGUCAUCUCGAUCCUCCAGCUCUCCACCACGUGGUCGCCGACCAACUCGUAUACGACGGCCGGGCCGCUUCUUAUCGUGCUUAUUGUCUCGAUGGUCAAACAAGGCUUGGAAGACAAGAAGCGCCACGAGGCCGACGCGGUUCAAAACAGCCGCCAGUGCCAAGUGGUGACCGCGGGCGGCAACCUCGUGAGCAAACACUGGCAAGACGUGCUCGUUGGCGACAUUCUCUUCCUCAAGGACAAGGAUGAGAUGCCUGCUGACGUCUUGAUCUUGGCCACGUCCGAAGAAGAGGGUCGGUGCUUUGUCGAGACGUGCAACUUGGACGGCGAGACGAACUUGAAGCGCCGGACCGCGCUCGAGCCAAUUGCCAAACUCAUUGGAUUUCGCAGCCUCAACGACCCUGUACUCGACCCGACCAGCCACAUGAAGAGCUGCAUGGACAUAGCGGCCACAAUCGAGUAUGAGCAGCCCAACAACCGCUUGUACAACUUUACAGGGCGUAUCCAAGCCAAAAAACUCAACGAACCCGUGCCCAUUGGUCCCAACAAUAUCGUCUUGCGCGGCUGCAGUCUUCGGAGCUGCAACUACAUCUUCGGCAUUGUGCUCUUUGCGGGCAAAGAGUCCAAGCUCAUGCAGAACGCCCGCGCGACGCCGUCCAAGCAAAGCAACGUCUAUCGAAUGGUCAACCGCUGCAUCGUCCUCAUCUUCUUCACACAGCUCGUCUUGUGCAUCAUUUGCGCCGUCGCGUUCAACGCGUGGGUCGACCACUACCAGGGCAUCGUGUGGUACCUUCCGUUCAUUAGCCACGAAUACUCGGCCUUUUUUACAUUCCUCAUCCUCUACAACAACCUCGUGCCCAUCUCGCUCUACGUCUCCCUCGACAUGGUCAAGGUGGCCCAAGCCAAAAACAUCUCGUCGGACCCGGAAAUGUGCCACGAAGGCUUCCAUGCGAUUGCCCGGACGUCGGACCUCAACGAAGACCUGGGGCAAAUCGAGUACAUUUUCUCUGACAAGACGGGGACGCUCACUCAAAACAUCAUGGAGUUUCGCAAGUGCUCGAUCGGUGGCGUUGUCUACGGCUACGGGUCGACGGAAAUCGCAGCCGCGGUUGCACUCCUUGCGGCACAGCGGAAUGGUGAGAAGGAAGCUCCCGCUGCAACGAUUGUGUCUGGUCCAGGGCCCGCCGCCGACAUUCGCGACGCUCAGAUCCACCCGGAUAAGACCGUCAACUUUGAUGACCCACGCCUCGUGUCGGAGCUCACAAGCCACGGCUCCGAGUACAGCAAGAUCGAUGCUUUCUUGACCCUUCUCUCGGUCUGCCACACGGUCAUUCCCGAGGCCAACCCCAAGACAGGCGUCACCAACUACCGCGCGUCGUCGCCCGAUGAGGAGGCGCUCGUCAAGGCCGCGCGCUGCCUCGGCUACAAGCUCGUGACGCCGGCGCCGCUCGUGGAAGUUGAAGUCACAUUCAAAGGCAAGUCGCCGAUCAUGCGACAGUACAUGGUUCUCAACGUCAACGAAUUCAACUCGACGCGGAAGCGCAUGUCAAUCAUUGUCCGCGACCCGAGCCAGCGCAUUUUGCUUCUCUGCAAGGGCGCCGAUAACGUCAUUAUGCCCCGCUGCAACCCCGAUGCAUUCACGUCGUCGCUCGACGAGCAGCUCAAGAGCUUUGCGAGCGAAGGCCUCCGAACGCUCGUGCUUUCGCAGCGCGAACUCUCGAAAGACGAGUACGAACGCUGGAACAAGACGUACCAAGAAGCUGCAACCUCGCUUGUGAACCGUGACCAAAUGCUCGACGACGCGGCGGAAGUGCUCGAGGUCAACAUGGAUGUGGUCGGCGCGACUGCGAUCGAAGACAAGCUCCAAGUCGGUGUCCCAGCGACCAUUCACAACUUGGCCAUGGCCGGCAUCAAGAUUUGGGUGCUUACUGGCGACAAGGAAGAAACCGCCGUCAACAUUGGCCACGCGUGCCGGCUGCUCAACCAAGACAUGCAGCUGCUCUUUGUGAACCGCGAAAGCCUUGACGGGCUCAUCGAACAGAUUGACUAUCUGUAUGGCAUGGAAAGCGUCCAGUCGUGCUUCAAGAAGGGCAUUGUCUCGGACCGAUUGGCGGUCGUGUGCGACGGCAAGUCGCUCGUGCACCUCUUUCCACCAAAGAAAACAUCCGCGGCCGACCAAGCCACCGCGAAGGAGCUUCGGCGCAAACUUCUGGUCGUCGCGAGCGUCUGCAAAGCGCUCAUUGCGUGCCGCGUCUCGCCGGCGCAGAAGGCCGACAUUGUCAACCUCGUCCGCUUCAACUCGGUCAACAAGCCGAUUACGCUCGCGAUCGGCGAUGGCGCCAACGACGUCAACAUGAUCCAGUCGGCGCACGUGGGCAUCGGCAUCUGCGGCCAAGAAGGCGUUCAGGCCGUGAACGCGAGCGACUAUGCGAUUGCACAAUUUCUGGAGCGUCUUUUGCUCGUGCAUGGCCGCAGCAACUACAAGCGCAUCGCCAAGGUCAUCUUGUACUCGUUCUACAAGAACAUGUCGCUCGUGAUCGUGCUCUUUUUCUUCAACUUUUUCAACGGCGAGAGCGGCACGUCCCUCUUUGAGAGCUUUGUCAUGGCCGGCUGGAACUUCUUUCUCGCGCUCCCGAUCAUCUCAAUUGGCGUCUUCGACCAAGACGUGCCGCCAGCGCAGGCAACGUCGUACCCACCACUGUACAUGACCGGUCAGCGCAACGAAGACCUCAACGUCAAAUGCUUUUGUAUCUGGAUCGCCAACGCCAUGUUUCACGCGUGCGUGAGCUUUUGGAUCCCGCUCUACAUUGUGCCUGCGUAUUCGACGCACUCGUUUUACCUCCAAGGCACGACGAUCUACUCGGGCUUGCUCAUGACCAUGAACGCCAAAGUCAUGCUGGAAACCAUGACCUGGACGCGGUUCAGCUACGCGGUCGUCUCGUUCAGCAUCCUCCUCUUCUUCUUCUUCCUCCUCGUGUACCCGUACAUGACGUUCCUUGGCACCGACAUGAUUGGCAUCACGCCUGUCAUGCUUGGCUCGACUCUCUACUGGGACGUCUUCUUCCUCAUUCCGGUCGCAUGCAUGCUCGUGGACGUCAGCGUGAAAUAG